AUGCUUCCAACGGGAGAUGUUCAAGGCGGCAUUCGUAAACUGGAAAGUCUUAUUCGUUCAAUUAAAUACACUGGGCCUGUCAGCUACAGCAGCCUGACGAGUGGCGACCCUGCAGCCUUUCUUCCCAUCGUGAGCUACACACUCACCUCCUUCUCUCCAGCGGUGACGGAGCAGAUCGUGGCGUCUGGAUUUGAACUGACGGCAAAAACUGACCUGAGAUUCAUAGACACAGUCUACAAGGUUUUGAGAGACGUCUUCCAGUACAAACCUGUUUUAACCAAGGAGCAGUUCCUUCAGUGGGGAUUCUCUCAAAGGAAGAUUUCUGUGGUCUGUGAUGUCAUCAGUCUGGUGUUAGAGCGGCACAACCUGCACAAGAGGUCUAAACCCAAAUCCAGAUUUUCUGCUCCACACAAGAAUGUUAAAGUAGAAACAAUAUCCUUUGCUGAUCUGGAAAAUGCUGUUCCUGCCAAGCCCUUGGUUGUGAAUCACGUGGAGAAUCCGUCCUCUGUCCCGGUGUCUUUCUCUCAGAACCAGACGGCCUCCUCCAAGAUGGUGAAGUUUUCAGUUCCGGUUGAAAGUUUCUCGUCUGAGUCUCGUGAACAUGGAGUCGUAGAAAUGAGAGGAGCCGAGGAGCAGGAGACUUCUGACCGACACUGUUGUGCAGAGCUGAUGGGGAGGCUGUCCGCUCUGGAGGCCAGGGUUGAGGCACUUGUUUCUGGGUUGAACCGAAUCGCAGUCCUGGAGCAGCGCCUGGAGGAAAUGGAACGACUGAAAAGCAAAGACAAAACUCAAGAACAACCUAUAACUGUAUCCAGAGAGACGUGGGAGAACCUGCAGAGUCGGAUUUUACUUUUGGAAACUAAACUGGAGCUGAGCAGGGCUAAGGAGAAUAUCCCACCUCCCAGUUCUCCUCCAUCAGCCUCCUUCGUCCCCAGUGUUUUAUACGUUUCCACACAGCCCAGUGUCAAAGGCCACACCUCCAGAAAGAAUGAGCCAAAAGUUCCGGAAGAGCCAAAAGAACCAGAAAGUCAGGAUGAUUUUAAAGAGCGACUGGAGAGGAUCACCAACAUGAUGAAGAGCACCUCCAGUCUUUUGAGGAGCGUCGACAACUGCAGCAAAUAA